AGCGUCCUGUGUGCGAGCUGGAUUGUUUCUCGGCAUUGAAGAGAUAAACGAAGCUUUAUGCUCAAUCUUUUAAAUAUAAAAAACCGUAUUUGAGGGAAAGUAACAAGUCUAGCAACAAUUAGAAUGUCCUUAAAGAGAUUGUCACGUACUACACUAGUAUUGUUUGUAAUGUGUGGUGUAUAAUUGUUGAUGCUCGUGAUAGAUUUUAAUUUGCAAAAUGCUCGUACAGCAAUGUACUUCACAAACCAUUGUUUAAUUCUUUGAACGUUUUGUUUCGUUUAGAUUCGCAUUCGUAUGUAAAUAACGAAACAUUUUCUGAGGCUUGACCUUAUUCGAUUGCGAAAGAUAACUCUAAGAAACCGAAAUUCACAAUGGCCCGUAAACCAGAAACACAGCUCCUGAAUGCCCCAGAAGAUGUCAUUUCUGCCGUAAAGUUUUCACCAAAAACGAAUAAGUUUUUACUUGUAUCCUCUUGGGAUACGCGUGUACGGUUGUACGACGUGGUUACCAACACCGUGCGGCUGCAGUUCACCAAUUCAUCCCCAGUAUUGGACUGUGCCUUUUUGGACUCAUCUAAAACAGCCACCGGUGGUUUGGACAAUUUGGUCAAACUGUAUGAUCUGACCGCGCAAGCGGAGAGUAUGCUUGGCAGUCAUGGGGCUGGCGUGAAGUGCGUUGAGUACACCUCACUGUUGAACGGAAUACUCACCGGGAGCUGGGAUCGAACGGUGAAGCUCUGGGACGCACGGGAAAAGGAAUGCGCUGGCACGUAUGAACAGAGCAAUGGCAAAGUGUACUCGAUGAGUUGCGCCGAGGAAAAACUUGUCGUAGCUACCUCGGAGCGGAAAGUCCUUAUCUGGGACCUGCGAAACAUGAAAUCGUAUGUCGAACGCCGUGAGUCGUCGCUAAAGUACCAAACGCGUGCCGUGCGCUGCUUUCCGAAUGUGGAAGGAUAUGUGAUGAGCUCUAUCGAAGGACGGGUCGCAGUGGAGUACUUCGAUCCGAGCCCCGAAGUGCAAAAGAAGAAGUUUGCAUUCAAAUGUCACCGGGCGAAAGGCAAUGACAUAGAGCUGAUUUAUCCGGUAAAUGCGAUCAGCUUUCACAGCGUAUACAAUACAUUCGCGACUGGUGGCUCGGACGGUUACGUUAAUAUAUGGGAUGGGUUCAAUAAGAAGCGACUGUGCCAGUUCCAUUUGUACGAUAGCUCUAUUUCUAGUCUAUGCUUCAGCGAUGAUGGUAGCACAUUGGCGAUCGCUUGCUCGUACAUGGAAGAAGCCGAAAAACCCCCAGAACCCUAUCCGGAGCCUACUCUGUAUGUGCGUUACGUGAACGAACAAGAGACUCGACCGAAGUAGAUAGACGCAAGGCGUAUGGCAUGCAUUUUAUGUAGUCCAUCUGCAGAGUGAGUAAUUAAUAAAUGUUUGUAUUUGUUCUGAUCCA